AUGACUCCCUUCUCAGCCGCAGCAUUUGCAGCACAGUGCCAAACCAUCCAUCACCGUGCACUCUCGGCAGCCACAAGUAUUGCUGAGACUGUGGCACAGUGGAGCGCCAGCGACUCCCCUUUCACCCAAGUGUCUAUCAACCUCAAAGAGCUCAGUGAAACGGUAUUCGAGCUCGGCGAUAAGCUGGGCUCCACCAAGCUGGUUUCUCAGAGGCUGCAACACACACUCGCCGAUCGACUUGAGAAGUGUGCUCGGGCCGAGGCGAUCGUGGAAAAGGGUACCGGUGUUUCUGUAGCUCAACAGCUCCCAGUCGACGCAGGUCUGCUAUCAAAAUAUGAGACGUGGUUGGGCCUCGAGACUUCGGUAAUGCAAGGCUUGGUAGAAGCUAUCCAGGUGAACACCGCGGAUGGCCAAGAUCAGCUUCUGAAUGGCCAUGGAUAUCGUGAACUGCUGGAGAUGGCAGAUGCUGCCUUCAGAGUCGUUGUUUCAAGCGAGACAGGCUCUUCCGCCAUGGACGAUGACGCACCACCGCCUUAUGAUGAAAAUCCGCCCGAACAUAUUUCAGAUGUCAAAAGAGUCGAAUCGCCCGCAUCGCCCACUACAAGCCCUUCAUCUUCCAACAAGGCCCCACAGAGCAAGCUUUCUGAAGUAUUCAGGGCUGUAACUGCUCCCUUCCGUUAUAAGCCCGAGCCUCUUGUCGUGGCACUUUGCGAAGCAUCCUCCAGAGGUGACCUUGCCACGGUCGCGUCGCUCGUCUCGUCCGGGGCGAACAUCAACGGACGAAAUGAAGAGGGGAAGACAUCGCUUGUCCUAGCUAUCGAAAACCAACAGCCCAUGAUGGUCACAAAGCUACUACAGCUCGGAGCGUCGAAGGACGUGAGCGACUCGGCGAAAAAGCUGCCUCCUCUGUUCUGGGCAGCUUCUACUGGGGAUAUCCCCAUGGCGAAGCUUUUGAUACAGCAUGGAUGCAACCCUAAUCACAAGAAUCUUUACGGAUCGUCGUAUUUCUUGGAAAUCGUCGAUAAGGGUGACUUGGGUAUGGUGGAGCUCCUGCUGGAUCAUGGAGCCGAGGUCAAUACAACUGACCGGUACGGCCGGGUUGCAAUUCAACACGCCUACUCAGGAAAUAACCUCGCGAUGCUCAAGCUUCUGCAAUCCCGCGGUGGUUCAGUCAACGCAACAGAUAUGACCGGAAACCCCAUCAUCGUCCUCGCCCUGCGAGAAAACAGGGAUGAGAUCUUCGACUUCCUGCUUGAGCGCGGCGCGAACGUCAACUCGAAAUCCAACACUGGCACAUCCCUGAUCAUGGAAGCGUUCACGAAGAAACGUAUCAGCGUCGUCAAGAAAUUGCUCGAACGAGGCGCUGACCCGAACGCAAAAGAUCUCAUGGGAACCAGCAUUCUCAUGAACACUAUCAAAGCCCAGACAUUAUCCGCAAACGGUCGCGAGGAAUUGAUCAAGCUCCUCCUUACUUAUGGUGCUACACCUAAUGAGCGUGACUCAUGGGGUAAGACAGCCGUCAGUUUCCUCAUAGAAAGAGAGCACACAAGUCUCGUGCCACUCCUCCUCGAAAGGGGCCUCGACCCAAAUCAAGAGCUCGGAAACGGGGAGACCCUGCUCACACACGCGAUCAAUUGUGGCAACGUGGAGCUGACCAAGAAGCUCCUCCGCCACGGUGCGAGGCCGAACGGCGUGGACAAGAAGGGAUGCACGCCCUUGGUGCAAGCCUUACAAGCGAGAGACUUUGAAACGGUCAAGCUGCUUGUGGAAUCUGGUGCGGACGUGAAUAAAAUGGGAGCUAUCACACCCCUGGACUUGGCAAGAUUAGUUGAAAGUAAAGAGACCGCGGAGCUUCUUAUCAAGCGCGGUGCAAGGUAG